AGGCUCCGCCUCGCGGCUAGAGCAGCCGUUUCCUCCCAGUUUAGUUGGACCACAGCGAUUGACAAGUCAGUUCUCCAAUCAUUACGCCGAGGGACCACAUACUUGUCGACUAGGUCACAGGGGCGGUGCGGAAGCAUAGAAUGAAUAGGGGUGACCAGGAAGUGCGAACUCAGACUGGACAGGAGGACGGUAGCAGGUCCGGCGGUCUCGGGAAGGUGACAGGGCUGGAGCUAACUAACAUCUAGACAUGUGGAAUCCUAAUGCUGGGCCUAAUCCAUAUCCACCCCAUGUCGUGUGCCCAGGAGGUCCCAAUCCUGCCUGUCCACCACCUGUCAAUCAUCCUGCCUUUCCUCCUGGCCCCUGUCCUCCAGGAGUUCCCCAGGGAAACCCAGCUUUUCCUCCAUGUCGACCCCCUUAUCCUGUACCACAACCAGGAUGUCCAGGAUACCCACCCUCAGGUCCCUACCCUCCCCCAUGCCCACCACCUGCUCCUGGCAUGUGCCCUGUGAAUCCUCUGGCUCCUGGCAUGGUAUGCCCGGGAACAGUGGUAGACAAGAAAAUGCGGAAGAAGAUGAAGAAAGCUCAUAAAAAGAUGCACAAACACCACAAGCAUGGAAAGCAUUCUUCCUCUUCCUCCUCCAGCAGUGACUCUGACUGAACGCAGGGCCCGACCCGCCUCCCCUCAAGUCUCACCAGCUCCGCCCUCCCAUCAAGCUCCAGCUGUCACCUGGGGGCGCUUAGCCCUCUGCUCCCACUCCGCCUGUGCCUCCCCUGCUCUUUAGCCCUGGCUGUCUAGGGAGAAUGGGAAGAAGAUUGCCACGGGCAAGCAAACGCUGCCCUUCUCCCUGCUUGAUAUGGUCAUAGUUGAUGAGGUCAGCAGGGGAAAUGUCUUUCGAAGAUGGUGAGACUUCUGGGCUCAGUGGUGAAGACAGUUUUAAAAUCUGCACCAUGCGAUCUUUUUCAUUUUCUUUUGUAAUGCUGGUGACUAGGGUCUGUGAAAAUUUAUGAUCAAAGACCUGUACUUUUGUAGUGAUGGCACGUUAGGGUGAUUCAGUGGCGACUGUGUUCCCGGCAGGCCUCUUUUUGAUCGCAGUAACUGCUAAGCUGCUGGGAAGUAGGGUCCCCUUAUUUGAUGAGCUCUUUUCGAACCUUAGAUCAAAAUGUUAUCUCAUGGCUCUAAGUCCAAAUAAAAGCUACUCUCCCA